AUGAAGACGUUUACGGCUCCAAGACCAGACUAUCAUCCCGUCGAAUUCCUGCGAGCGGGAGGACAACAAGGAAAGGAUUCCCGACCAGUGGAAAACUUGAGAACCGAUCCCUCUUCAAGAAGGGCGAACGGGAGGAUCUUCGGAACUACCGAAGAUCCUCCCGUUCGCCGAAAGAACCGUUCAAUGUGCCUGCUGAGCGUGUUAUACGAGCUUUUCACGGAGGGACUCAGCUUACGUGAGGACACUGACCAACUGCUACAAGGACUGUACAACAACGAUGCAGCUAUUCCAUCGCCCCCUGACCAUCCCAUUGGGAAGGGCAUCCGACAAUGCGGCACAAUCUCGCUGAAGCUGUUCACAGCGGCCUUGCAGUGGGUGUUGAAGUCACUGGACUGGGAAGAGAGAGGCAUACGAGUUGAUGGGAGAUCCCCAUCCAACCUUCGUUUUGCGGAUGACAUCGUUCUCUUCUCGAACAGUAUUACCGAAGCAGAGACGAUGCUGAAGGAACUGAACGAAGUAGGGAAGAAAAUCGGACUGCGAAUAAAUCGGAAGAAGAUUCAAUUCAGGAUGAACGCUUUUUGCGAAGAUGCAGAAAUGGAAUUUGAAGGCACCCCUAUCAUGAAGACGUCUUCUUACGUGUAUCUCGGACGUUCAAUGAACAUAGAGAACAACUUGAGGGGAAAACUCAACAGGAGAUGA